GAAUACGAAAGGAAUGAGGAAGAACUACCUCUAUAAAAUCUCACAGCACCAUUUCAAAAAACCCACAACGAGCCAACCUUGACUUAAAGAUGUCGGCUUUGCUCCUCUUUGUGAUGCUGACAGCCUGCGCUGCAAGUCCGCAGGAUCUGUCAGGAAAAAUGUUUACAUUUCCACAAGAAACCAAAACUGCCAACGUGAUGCUGAAUAUAUCCACACACAGAUUGAAUGCGGUGACAGUCUGUCUCAGGUCCUUUACAGACCUCCGAAGAGCCCACAGCCUAUUUUCUCUGGCCACACCAUCCUCUAAUAAUGGCUUUCUGAUGGAAACAGUUACUGACAGAAUUGAUUUCCAUGUGAACAAUCUCAAAGUACAAUAUGUAGUGGGCUACAAGUUGAAUACGUGGCACUCUGUGUGUUCCACGUGGGACGCUGAUUCUGGAUUAGGCCAGCUGUGGUUUAAUGGACAGCCUUUAGCUCGGAAGUUCCUCAGUAAAUCACAGAUCAGUGAACCAAUUGUUGUCCUAGGACAGGAACAGGACAGUUAUGCUGGUUCCUUUGACACCAAACAAUCUUUUACUGGCAUGAUGGCCGAUGUUCACAUGUGGAACUACAUCUUGUCUCCCUGUGAGAUCCAGAACUAUGUGGAUAACUUGAAUUUCACUCCAGGGAAUGUUCUGAACUGGAAGGCCCUGACAUUUGAUGUUACUGGAAGAGUGUUGAUAGAAGACAGGCAAAUGACGUGCCACUAGAGCCAAUACACAAAAAAAACUUGUCUAAACAAGUCUAGCUACUAAGGGAUAAAUGUUAUUUUGCCCUAAACACUGUGUGUAAAAAAAUGGGGAUUAUUGAUCUGGGUAAAUUGCUAAGAAAUGUAUUAUAAUUUAAAUGAUGUAUAACUGGGGAAUAUUACUUAACCAGGUAAUUGAAUCCAUGCAACAUUGCACAGAGGCUUCCAUAUUAUCUAUUGUUGACACCAUUUACACUUUGUUUGGCAGUUGAAUAUUAUGCCUUGUCUUCGCGAGAUUUCUUUCUCAUUUUCUCCAUAUCCAUGGAAAGGAGAGACACUUCUAGCUCCUGAUUUUAUAUCACAUAGAUCUACAGCUCUUGUGUUACCUUACUACUUGAUUCAAGUAUUCAACAUAUUGGGUUCUUCCUCGUGGGGUUAAAAGGUUAUUUUUCAAAUGUGCAUAUUUCUGUUUGGAAAGUCUGCAAAAUUUUAAGCUUGUUGUAACAUAGACAACUUUACAACUCUUACACAUAAUUAAAUGACUUCGUUUUCCAAAUAUUACCAUACA